AUGGAGGGCGGGCACCAGUACUUGAAUGGUAGUCCGAAAGCAAUUUUCUUCACUGAUUUCGACGGAACUGUUACUUUGCAGGACUGCAAUGACUACCUAGUUGACAAUUUCGGCUUCGGGGCCGAAAGACGCCGGAUGCUCGAGCUAGAAGUCCUAAAUGGAACUUUGGCAUUCAGGUACGUGCUAGCCCGGCGUAGAAAUUUCAAGACCUACAAUAGUGAGCCGAAAAAUGACCCUGCCAGGGAUGCUUUUCAGGCCAUGCUUGACAGCGUGCGAAUGCCCUUCAACGAGUGUCUUCGUAUCGUGCAGGAAAAUAUUCAGCUCGACCCCGGUUUUGUCAACUUCUAUCUCUGGGCAAAAGAGAAAAGUAUUCCCAUUGUGAUUCUGUCAUCAGGAAUGACGCCUGUGAUAGAGGCAUUACUGGUUUCCUUAUUCGCCGGCAAGCCUAGCAAUAUAUUUGUCAUUGCAAACAACAUCGCGCCUCACAAGGGUAAACAUAUCAACAUGGUUGGUGGAUGGCAGAUUAAAUAUCGCGAUGAUAGGCAAGUGGGCCACUGA